GCAGGGAGAGAGAGGAGAGCGGGAGGAGGCGAGGCCCGUGCUUCGGCGGACGCCGCGCCCGGCUGGAGGCCCUGGACGCCGCUCCCCAAGCUCCACCGCACCAUGGCCCCGAAGCUGCUGCUCUUCCUCUGCCUGUUCUCGGGCUUGCACGCGCGGUCCAGAAAAGUAGAGGAGGAUGAAUAUGAAGAUUCAUCAUCAAAUCAAAAGUGGGUCUUGGCUCCAAAAUCCCAAGACACUGAUGUGACUCUUAUUCUCAACAAAUUGCUAAGAGAAUAUGAUAAAAAGCUGAGACCGGAUAUUGGAAUAAAACCAACUGUAAUUGACGUUGACAUCUAUGUUAACAGCAUUGGUCCUGUGUCAUCAAUAAACAUGGAAUAUCAAAUUGACAUAUUUUUUGCUCAGACCUGGACAGACAGUCGCCUUCGAUUCAACAGUACAAUGAAAAUACUCACUCUGAACAGCAACAUGGUGGGAUUAAUAUGGAUUCCAGAUACAAUCUUCCGUAAUUCUAAAACUGCAGAAGCUCACUGGAUCACCACCCCCAAUCAGCUCCUCAGAAUUUGGAAUGAUGGGAAAAUCCUUUAUACUUUAAGGCUUACUAUAAAUGCAGAAUGCCAGCUGCAGCUGCACAACUUUCCCAUGGAUGAGCACUCCUGCCCGUUGAUUUUCUCCAGCUAUGGCUACCCCAAAGAAGAAAUGAUUUACAGAUGGAGAAAAAAUUCAGUUGAGGCAGCUGAUCAGAAAUCCUGGAGGCUUUAUCAGUUUGACUUCAUGGGCCUCAGAAACACAACAGAAAUUGUAACAACAUCUGCAGGUGAUUAUGUUGUCAUGACCAUAUAUUUUGAAUUGAGUAGAAGAAUGGGAUACUUCACUAUUCAAACAUACAUUCCCUGUAUAUUGACUGUGGUUUUAUCCUGGGUGUCAUUUUGGAUAAAAAAAGAUGCUACACCAGCAAGAACAGCAUUAGGCAUCACCACAGUGCUGACCAUGACCACACUCAGCACAAUCGCCAGAAAUUCCUUGCCUCGUGUGUCCUAUGUGACUGCCAUGGACCUCUUUGUGACAGUUUGCUUCUUAUUUGUCUUUGCUGCUCUGAUGGAGUACGCCACCCUCAACUACUAUUCAAGUUGUAGAAAACCAACUACCACUAAGAAGAAAACAUCGUUGUUACAUCCAGAUUCCUCAAGAUGGAUUCAUGAGCGAAUAAGCCUACAAGCCCCCUCUAACUAUUCUCUCCUCGACAUGAGGCCACCACCACCUGCAAUGAUCACUUUAAACAAUUCUGUCUACUGGCAGGAAUUUGAAGAUACCUGUGUCUAUGAGUGUCUGGAUGGCAAAGACUGUCAGAGCUUCUUCUGCUGCUAUGAAGAAUGCAAAUCAGGAUCUUGGAGAAAAGGGCGUAUUCACAUAGACAUCUUGGAGCUGGACUCAUAUUCGCGGGUCUUUUUCCCCACAUCAUUCCUGCUCUUCAACUUGGUCUAUUGGGUUGGAUACCUCUAUCUCUAAAUGUUGCUGUAGUGAUGAGUGAAGAGCAGUAGGUUUCCCUCUUUACCUUUCACCCUCCCCAGACCAGUAGUGACCAACUGGAGUAAGAAGGAAGGACACUGCUCAGUUUAUCUGAAGUUAUACAUUACCUAUGAGCAGUACAGGAGUACGUGGCAAAUAUUUCUAUUAUGUAUUUCACACUUACACACAUACGUACACACACACACACACACACACACACACUAAUUGCGUUUUAAAGUAAUAUUCUUGCUAAUCCCUUAUUGAAUCUGUAAUGUGGUGUUGUUUAUGAAUGGUUUCAGAUAUUGGAAGCAAUUGCCAAUUAUCGUUGCCAAGAAAUCUGUAAAAGGUGAAAGCAAAUAUCCAAGAAGCUCUCUCUUGGGCCAAGACUCCCCUUCUAUAACUUUCCUUCGCAG